AUCAACUUUUACAUAUUUCCAGACCUUGUUGGAAUAAUAACUUCGAUCUACGAGCGUGCUCGUGAUAAGCUAUUCGAUAUCGCGUCUAAACACGAUUUCGAGGUCGACCACACUUAACUUAAACUUAUUCGCAACACUAACGCUCCUUUGAAUAACUCGUCCGAAGAUGGACAGUCCUAUCAAAUUAGAACAGCACGGUUCUGUGGCUCCAACUGUCGCAGCUCCGACUUAUUCUACUCCAGAGGCUAUGUCGACACCCGGCACCUCAAUCGACGCGAAGAAUAGCCAAUCGCCCUCGCCCUCGUCGGCGCAAGCAGGCACCCAGUCCAAUGCGAAUUCGAGGCGGCCGCCUCGGAAGAGCACCCUGACGCAGCAGCAGAAGAAUCAGAAGCGACAGCGCGCGACUCAGGAUCAGCUCACGACCUUGGAGAUGGAAUUUAAUAAGAAUCCUACCCCGACUGCGAACGUUCGGGAGAGGAUAGCCGAAGAAAUUAACAUGACUGAGAGGUCUGUUCAGAUCUGGUUCCAGAACCGACGCGCCAAGAUCAAGCUUUUGGCGAAGAAGAGCCUGGAGACAGGUGAAGAUAUUGACUCCAUCCCCGAGUCGAUGCGCGCGUACUUGGCCAUGCAGGCCAUGGAGUCUGGAAAGGGUCUCGGCAAUCCUUACAUGGGACGCACCGGCCUCCUCCCGUACGGAUCGAUGAUGCUCGGCGGCGAGCAAGGUGGACAAGGGAAAGUCCUUAUCCAUCAUCUGACUUGUCGGUCUUUGAGCAUUGGAAAGUGGACACGUGUUGGCCAAAACACAAUGGAUUUAAUCAUCUUCUACUCUCCCGAGAAGUGCACAAUGACUUACUACAUCAACAACGACCAAGCAGGAUACAAGAUUGAAUACAGUUUUAACGCAAUCAAGAACAUUUACCUCGAGAACCCAGAAGGCGAUGCUACUAAGAUGGGCGGAAUCGUUAUCGAACUCAACAGACCCCCUAGCUUUUUCAUGGACUCGUCCCCCAACUCCAAUGGCUUCUUCCAGGUUGACGACUUUACAGAGGAUCGACAGGCGACGAAUUGCCUCACUCACCAUCUCGGUGGCAACCCUAAGGUUCUCAGCGGCCAACUAGCAAAACUCGCUUCUCUUGAGUCAUUCACAAACCGACACAAUCCUAAUCCUUACGACAUGAGCCAUGUCAUGUCUGUAUCUGCCCCUGUAUCUCCCACGAACCGCCCGUCAUCGCAACCAAACUUCGGCCAGCCGCAUGUCGGCAUGUACCAAGAGUCGCAAUGGGGAAUUCACCCGAUGCACGCCGGUAUGCGUGGUCCAGGCCACAAACGGCAACGGAGUAGAUCAGUUCCCACCGCAGUUGAUUUUUCCAUGUUUCAGAACCCGAUGCCUUCGUUUUAUAUUCAACAUCCAGGCGAGAAUCAAGUUCCGCCGCACACUCCUAACCUCUAUGCGCCCAUUCCCCAGCAACCUAGUGGUCUUCAUAAUGUUAACCCUAAUCUGCGCAUCGAUACUCAGGCUACCUACGGUAUGGAUCUGAGGCAGUAUCCUCUGUCUGCCGCGACUACCGCUCCUUCGGAAUACUCAAGCUCGAACUAUUUCUCGCAGCCUCCUGAGAGCACGCCAUUGCCAGCUUCGAGUUUCAAUACCCCUUACAGCGGGGCAUUCCUAUCGCCGCUACCUCAGAUUCCCCAGUCUGUCUCUCCGUUGUCCUAUGCUAGUCACGGCGACCCUGCUAUCGUCGAGCAAUCGCCUCCCCUCUCCAUGCUACCUCGGCCGUCGUCUGCCGACCUGUAUGGUAUGGGGGAAUCUGCUAUUUCGGAUGACGGCCACAGCUUGAAUGAGAUGUAUUCGAAGCAUACCAUCAACAUUCCCAUGCAUCCUCAUUCUCCUGGCUUUGUAGAACCUGGUCAACCUGAUCUGGAUAUGAGCCAACUUGUGCAAUUUGAUACUGUCGAUCCGUCAAGUCUUUCUCCCGAGAGCCUUUCUCACCAUCAGUGACUUAGCUCAUUAAGU